UCAGAAUCCAGCAUCCAGCGGCAAGCGAAGCAGGAAGUCCUCGCACUGAUCAAACAGGCAGGAGACAGCGAUGGAGAGGACGUCAUCCUAAUCUUUUUAAUCUUUCUAAGAGCUGUUGAGAUGGAAAACAUGGUGACAGACUGCAGGGAUGAACCCCAAACAGACUUCAUCUACUGUUGUGGAGCCAUCACAGAGGUUCUUAAAUGUGGUCCCAAUCAGUUACACUCUGGACACAAGGUGCUUUUUCUCAUCAUUCCAGGUAACCCAGGUGUAGUGGGCUUCUACAGAACCUUCAUGCAAACUCUUCAUAGUAUGUUUGGCUACCGACACCCUGUGUGGGCUGUAAGCCAUGCUGGCCACUGUGUACCCCCAGACUCCAUGGACAUGGUGGAAGAUGCCUCCUCUGCCACAGACAUGGAUGUGUUUGGUCUUAACGGGCAAAUUGAACACAAGCUGGCCUUCCUCAGGAAACAUGUUCCCAGAGAAACAAACCUUGUGCUGGUGGGACACUCCAUCGGCUGCUACGUUAUUUUGGAGAUGAUGAAGAGAGAUCCUGAACUCAAGAUUUUGAAGGCUGUCAUGUUGUUUCCCACCAUUGAGCGCAUGGCCCAGACUCCACAGGGGAAGGUCAUGACCCCUGUGCUGUGUCACAUGCGUUAUGUGGCCUACCUGCCCCUCUUCCUGCUCUCUCUACUGCCAGAGGGAUUUAAAAGCAGCCUGAUCAAACUGGUGUUUGGUGGCAUUCGCUCUCUGGACCACACUGUAGUCCAGCCUACUGUAGGCCUGCUCAGUGGAGACUGUGCAGCCAAUGCUAUGUACAUGGGGGGUCAGGAAAUGAGGAAAGUUCUGGAAAGAGACAAUAUAACCAUCAAGAAAAACCUUGAAAAGCUUAUAUUUUAUUAUGGAGCGACCGACCACUGGUGUCCUGUACAAUAUUAUCAUGAGAUCAAGCAGGACUUCCCAACAGGAGAUUUCAGACUGUGUGAAAACGGGUUCCGCCAUGCCUUCGUCCUGGAUGCAGGGAGAGAAGUUGCCAAAAUGGUGGUAGAAUGGAUCCGGGGAGAUUUGAGGACAUGAGUUCUUUAUCCUCUUUCCAUCCUGUGCUCUGCCUGUCCGAGAUGAACAUGAUGUUCUGACCCAUCAGAAAGGUUCAGUGGGCCAAAGUUAGAAAGUUUUUUUAUAAGCAAAAGUCAUGAAAAUGAAAGCUCAGUGCUGGAAAAAUACUGAUUAUUAAUUUUAAUAUAUAAUAUAAUAUAUUUUAUUUAUAUGAUUCCAUACUUUUGUUCAGAAUUUGUACAAUAAUAAACCCAACUCUGACAUGGCAGUUGAUAUAAAGUGGUUUUACUCAGAAGUGAUACCAAAUCCAGUUGAACACACAAAUGAAAAUAUGUAAUGUGCAGAGGAUUCACUGAAGAUGAUGACCAUGCAAGACUAAUCUCAUUUUUCGAGAAUUUAUUCAAACUUAUUUUACUCCAAACAAGCUACUGGUGGACAAAUAUAAUGGUCUGAUACUUUUUCUUAUAGUUUUUGUAAUCCACUGAAACCUGAAAUAAACUAAACUAACUGGACUAACUUGGAUUUGAAGCACAGACAUUGUAACCACUCUGCUGAACAGGACAGGUAUAUACUGUGUGUGUGUGUGUGUGUAUGUAUGUA